AGAGACUAUGGCGCUCAACAAGAACCACUCGGAGGGCGGCGGAGUGAUCGUCAACAACACCGAGAGCAUUCUGAUGUCCUAUGACCAUGUGGAACUUACAUUCAAUGACAUGAAGAACGUGCCCGAGGCCUUCAAAGGGACCAAGAAAGGCACCGUCUACCUUACUCCUUACCGGGUUAUCUUUCUGUCCAAAGGAAAGGAUGCCAUGCAGUCUUUCAUGAUGCCAUUUUAUCUGAUGAAGGACUGUGAGAUCAAGCAGCCUGUGUUUGGUGCAAACUACAUCAAGGGAACAGUGAAAGCUGAAGCAGGAGGUGGCUGGGAAGGCGCUGCGUCAUACAAGUUGACCUUUACGGCAGGGGGCGCCAUCGAGUUUGGACAGCGGAUGCUACAGGUGGCAUCUCAAGCCUCCCGAGGUGAAGCCCCCAAUGGAGCCUAUGGGUAUUCUUACACGCCCAGCGGGGCCUAUGUCUUUCCCCCGCCAGUCGCCAAUGGAAUGUACCCCUGCCCUCCUGGCUACCCCUAUCCACCGCCCCCACCUGAGUUCUAUCCAGGACCUCCCAUGAUGGAUGGGGCCAUGGGAUAUGUGCAGCCUCCACCGCCGCCCUACCCUGGGCCCAUGGAGCCUCCAGUCAGCGGCCCUGAUGUCCCCUCCACUCCAGCAGCUGAAGCCAAGGCUGCAGAAGCGGCUGCCAGCGCCUAUUACAACCCGGGCAACCCACACAAUGUCUACAUGCCCACGAACCAGCCUCCGCCACCUCCCUACUACCCCCCAGAAGAUAAGAAGACGCAGUAGACCCCUCCUGCCCCUGCCUCCCACCCCUCAUCACUCUCCCCUUCCCUUCUCCUGGGGGCUGACACUGGGGCUAGGAGGGUGAUGGAAGGGGCCCUGUUCUUCCUCCAGGUCUGAUUAUAAAAUACUUCCCAGAGACUGGUGUUGAGGGAAGGGGGGGCACCCCUUGACUUGGGAGCCAUGCCUCCCGCUUUUCAAGCUCAGAGCCCAGGGUGCCGCUCGGAUGCGCUCCCCUCUCACCAUCUCCGGGGUUCUGCUCAGGAGCGCGGGCAUCCACCUCGUUCCUGUCCUGCUCUAGUAGCUUCUGCCCACAGAGGGACUCUCUGGCCACCUCCUCUACCGCAGUCCAGCUCCCUCGUUUUGGAAUCCACUUUAUACUCAGCCUUGUGAACUCCCUCAGACCAGCCUUGUGUCUUCCUGGGGGCCCUGCCGGGCCCCUCUCACCUUCCCUCCACUCUGGUCUGUACCUACCUGUGGAAGGCCACGUUCUCACCGGGCUCUUGGCCCACAUUCCAAUCCCAGCCAGCUUCCAGCCCGGUCACACUCACCUUCUCCUCCCUGUUCUGUCCUUGGUCCUCUGUUGCCACCACUUUGGCUUUUGGAGCUUUAACUUGAGCUUCUGAAAGGUGGGCGGCAUCCGGCCAGACUGCUGUGAUGGGGAGGGAGCCCACUGCUUCCCUCCAUUUUUGGUUUUUGUUUCCCUUGGCCUUCUCUCUUCUCCCUCUAGAAGGGGCUUCUCAGACUGGAACUGGAGAAUGCAUGUUCAUUCCAUCAUGCCGUGUUGGGGCUGCUGGGUGCUGACCCCUGGGGCCUGGCCUGAGCCUGUGUGUGCUGUCCGUGACCUCCUCACCAGCCCCUCCCCCUGCCCUUGUCCAUUUAAGCUUCAUGCAUAAUUGGUGAUAUGCCCCCUGGAUGCAUUAAAAUUUGCUUUCAUUUGCUUCUGGACUGGCCGAGAAGGGAGGAGAUGGUUAUUUAAAAGAGAAUUCCCUAUUUAUUUGACAAAAAAAAAAAAAAAAAAAAACAGUUAAUAUAUUAAUGUGAAAUAAACCCUGUUUGCACCUUUAUUUGCUGAAAAUGUGAAGUAGUAAAAAUGAAGUGACUGGA